AUGAAGGUUUUGAGGGGUAGGUACAACGGCUUGGCAGAACUUUUCCGUUUCAGCUCUGGUUUUGGAUGGGAUCCUGAAACAAAGAAAUUCACAGCUAGAGAUGAAGUAUGGGAUGACUAUUUGAAGGCUCAUACAAAUAAAAAUCAUCUGCGUGAUGAAACAUUUGAAGAUUUCGGAGAUUUACACCUGAUAUUUUCAACAAAUGUUGCAACUGGCAAAAAUGCCAUGGGAUUAGGUGAUGCCAUUGAUGAAGAUGCAUAUCAAGAAGAUACAUCUGUUCAAGUUGAGGAGAGCCUACGAAGAUACAUCUGUUCAAGAAGUUUUCGUUCAUUAGAGAAAAGAAGAGGAGAAAAGCUACCUCAUAGAAAGAAAGCUAGAACUGCUGCACUUAAUUCAACCAAUGCUUCUAAUGAAGUGAACACAGAAAUUAGUCACCAGAUUUUUGACAUGAUAAAGAAAAGGUGGGAAAAAGAAUCUGAAGAAAAAGAAGCUGAGGAUAAGGCUAAUAAUGUGUGGGAAGCUAUCAAAGAAAUUCCUGAUUUGGAGAAAGAUUUGUGUUACGAAUCCAUGACACUCAUUCACAGCUUAGGGAUGAAAUAUGGGUUCGUUAAUAUGUCGAUAGCAGAUCGCAAGGGAUGGAUCAUACAAAACCUUCGUAAACCAUGA